UCUCCUGUGCCACAGGUUGAUACUAGGCUCAGGUACUGUAACAUGAGACUGAAGUGAACCAUGUGACCAUAGGGGCGACGUGAAGAGGGAAUUUAAAAAACUGUUUUACAUAGUUAAAUCUAUACAGGUAGUCUAAUAUGAUAUAUAUCAAAAUAAACCCAUUCAGCCAGUAAAACGGCUUUGCGAUCUGAUUUAGUUUACAGAUUAUUUUUCAGACGUUGUUGGGAGAGGUUUAAUCAUAAACACGUCCUGACAUAUGAUCCAGUUUCGGUUCACCAACUCACUCGUUUAGGUGAGGCGGCGGAAGCGAGACGUUUUUUUCGCAAGGAGUUGGAUUGAUCCCGGUUGCCUAAAACAGAUAUCAACAUUUUUCGGUGAAAAGAGCGGCCCUGGAGACUGACACCGGUGUGCUUGUCUGCUGAGCACUACUCCUGAUAAAAUGGCCCCUUGCUGAUGUCAGGCAGGCGUGCCCUUGCUGAUGGUCUACCCUCUUUAGAACCCAUUGGUUUGAAUGGAGAUGGCACUGCUCCCAGACAUCGCGGCCUGGCCUGGUCUCCUGGCUGGGAGUGUCCUACUCCUGGUUGGGAGUAAUCCUUCCUGGGUUGUGGGGGACAACACAACUAAUAGUCUACCCUCUAACACAACUGCCCCAGGACCCAACAUUGCAGCUAUUGUGGCCCCGACUGUUAUACUGGGGCUGCUGGCCAUAGCAUCUGCUGUGCUAGUGUGGCUUUUCUGCGUGGUGAGGAAGAAGAGGCAGAUGGAGGGGACGUACCGGCCCAGUGCUGAGGAGCAGACGGGGGCCAGCAGUGUUGAGACACCAGACGCACUCAAACUGCCCAAGGAGGAGAGACUCAUCUGAGCCUAGUCUCUCAGAAGUCUCUCAACACCUGUCCUGUACAUCCAAGCAACAUCUAAAUCCUGAUGACUGUAGAAGCUCCACCUAAAGAGCUGAUAAUUACCUAGAUAUUAGAGGGUCAUGACACAAUGUUGACAGACACAGGAUGAGAUGAGAGGUACACAGCACCUAGCCCUGGAAGAGGAGGGCCCAGGCACUGUGUACUGUAUGUACUGCAAGCACAUGGACUAGUGCUAGUACAGGACCUGGACACAGACGUUGGGAUAGCUACAGCAAAUACCACAGCCUGUAACUAGAACAACUAGAACUAAGGUUCAUGGGGCUCUGACUGCUUUCUCUAUGGUGUGUUAUUUAAUAGCACUGGCAUAUUUGAAUGGGAUACACAUGUACAAAAUCAUUCAAAUGGUCAUACUGGAAGAGGAAACAAACCAUCACCUGCACUAGAUGGAAGAGGACCAGUAUUCAGUCCCUGCUCAUACUCGUCUUUGGUAAAUACAUUUCAGUCUGAGUAUUUCAGUCCUCUGUCUAGGCAAUUUGGCUCUCUCAACAGCUACAAAAAGACUGGAUACAGUCUUAACUGCUAUAAUCGUAAGCAGACUGCUGUUACCUGUGCUACCAUGAUACAUGUAAAAAUUAUAUUGGAAUGUAAUGUAAAUGUUUGUAUAAAUUCCUUAUAGAUUACUUAAAUGUAUAGUGUGCAAUAAUAUUUGUUUAACCACUAUUGAUUGUCAGAAAAGCAUUUCAUUGUCUAGAUUUUUACACUGAUUACUUACCUCAAUACAUGUCUCACUACUGAAUCAGUCCUGUAUCAGUCCUGUAUACAGCUUUACAGAUAAUGACACUGAAAGAUAAUAUUAUCUGGAAAACAUUUCUCCCAGUGGGAUAUUCUGUUUGCGGAUACUGUGUGCAGAACAAAUAAUUAUGUCAUUAUUAAUCAUAUUUAAGCACAAAAUGAAUGAUUGUUUACAUUUGAAUAAUUGUAUUGUAGUAUUUUAGAAUUGUUACAUUAAUUUAACAUUGGCUGAAAUGUGAUACUACAUUAGAUCAUAUCUUCUAUGUGUGUUCUUACCAGUACGCUGUUUGUAUUUUGAAAAGCCUAUGAUGGGAUUCAAUUCUCAUCAUGUAGAGUUGUUACACAAUGUCAUGACAUAUUUAUCUUUUGUAGCCUACAUUUUAAAUAAAACCAAUAGUCAUUUUUAGAA